ACCGGCUGUUUAAGAGAGUUCAGCACGAGUGCCGGUGAUCUUUGAACAAGCUUAUCUUUCAGUCCAUGUAAGGGAAUGCUCCCAAAACAAAGAUGGCACCACUGAUGUUCCGGGAUGCUUUCUGGGGGCCUGAUUUGACCUGCCACGCCGGCUACCAAGCUUUGACUCAACGGCUGCGAGACGGGCGACAAAUGUGCAAAGAUGUGGAGGACCUUCUGAAAAUGAGGGCUGCGGCGGAGGAGAAAUAUGGGAAGGAACUGGUGACGAUCGCUCGUAAGGCUGGAGGACACACGGAGAUCUGCACAUUGAAAGCCUCAUUUGAAGAACUCAAAACCCAACUGGAGAGCAUCGGAAACUAUCACGUGGAGCUCUCGGAAGCCCUGAGAGAGGAGGUGAAGAAGAUCGAGGCGUUCAGGGAACGACAGAAAGAGCAGAGGAAGAAGUUCGAAAGCAUCAUGGAGAAAAUCCAGAAGAACAAAGUGUCUCUGUUCAAGAAAACCAUGGAGUCCAAAAAAUACUAUGAGCAGCGAUGCAGAGAGGCAGACGACGCGGAGCAGGGAGCUGAGAGGAACGCAACGUCAGUCAAACACGCUGAGAAGGCACAACUGCGGGCCAAACACUGCCGGCAGGCAGCAACUCAAGCAGAAAAACAGUACUUGGGAAACAUCAUUCAUCUGGAAGGCGCUCGACGGGACUGGGAGGAAACUCACAGAAGCACGUGUGAGGUGUUCCAGCAGCUGGAGGGAGAUCGAAUCAGCCAGCUGAGGUGUGCUUUGUGGGACCACUGCAACCACUUCUCAGGGCAGUGUGUGAGAGACGACGAGCUGUACGAGAAGGUGAGGAAGGUCUUGGAAGAGUGUGACAUCACCAAGGACAACAACCACUUCAUAGAGACCAAACAAACCGGAACUCAUCCGCCAGACCCGGUCAUUUUUGAGAGCUACUACCAGACUGGCGGGAACAGAGAGGUCCCAGGGGCAGGAGACGACGUUCCCAGCAGGUGCUCUCAUCCUUUCCUGAGCCCCGCCACGGAUGAUGCGAACCGUAACAGUGUUCACAUUUCACAGCCAAUAGUGGCCUCUGACAGCGACGAUGAGCCCUAUGAGGACGGUUACGAACCUGUGCAGGACUUGCAGAGCCCAGCGACCCCGGUCCUGACCGACGAGGACAGCUACAUUGUUCUCUUUGACUUUGAUGCUCAGACAGAAGAAGACCUCACCGUGAGCAGAGGAGACGUGAUCCGAGUCUUGGAUCGAGGAGAGGACGGCUGGUGGCUGAUGGAGAAAAACGGGCAGACUGGACUGGUACCUGGCAACUAUGUGGGCCGGCCAUGAAUGUCGCUCCCCAACUGAAAAGUUGCACGCCUGAAUGGAUGUGUUUCCAACCUAGGACUGGUUGCAUUAAGACUACUUUAGAGGCGGUUUUAUGAAGUUUCAGUCGAGUUUUAUUAAAUCAUGUCGCACAAUUACAGACGUCCCAUUUGAUUUACUGCAAGUGUGUCAGAUUCUGUCUGUC